AUGUCGCACACCAUUCUCCUGGUACAGCCGGGUCAGCAUCCCGAAACACGCACCUACAGUGACUAUGAAAGCGUCAACGAAUGCAUGGAGGGUGUGUGCAAGAUCUAUGAGGAGCAGCUGAAGCGACGCAACCCAAACACAGCGACCAUAACCUACGACAUUAGCCAGCUUUUCGAUUUUGUCGAUCAGCUGAUGGAUCUUAGCUGCCUUGUGUACCAGAAAUCUACCAACACGUACGCACCAUACAACAAGGAAUGGAUAAAGGAGAAAAUUUACGUACUGUUAAGGCAGGCGGCCGGUAACAUGGGAUAA